UUGUUUUUUUCUAACUCCCAGAUUGUGAAUUCCAGUUAUGUGCUUCUUAUUAAUUGCUGAAUGGAAAACUGCUUGAUGGCAGUAGGCCUAUUGUUUAAAGCAACAAAAGAAAACAAAGGAGAAAGAUAGAGAACCGGAAUGUGUGUAUCAAUUGUUAAAUGUGGCUGAAAUGUCAAGUCUUCGACACAGUGUGAGGGACUCUACUCCCAAUCAAGGAAAUCACAAUUGUUACUUGCAGACAUCAUGUUAGUGAAAGUCAACCUAACAUGCCAGACCAAGAAAGAUACUUCAUAAUUUCAGAAAAAGUGCCCAUUAACAAAGAUAAGAUCGUGUUUUCUGUCCAAGCUCAAGACGGAGACGUUUCAGUGAACGCAAUCGAUUACUCGUUAGUCGAUCCUAGAGGCAGUUUCUCGAUUAAUCCAACGACCAGUGAAGUGAAAAUAGCCAAACUGAUUGACCGCGACGUCGAAGACUUUGUCUCCUACUUUGAUCUAAGCAUUACAGCAACCUGCUUGGUUGCUGAUCCGAACGAUGCCGUCCGUUCCAGUUACUUAAAGUCGUUAAAUAAAUGGAUUAAGCAAGCAGUACGAGACCGGCUAUUAUCCAUUAAACUAAUGGGACCAACUCCAAAACGGGCGGCUGCUCUUGGAAUCAGCUCUUCCUCCAGCAGCUCCAGGAAUUGGUUUUCCGAUAAAUUUUGAAUUGGCGCAAUGGAUCCAGCACCCUCCAAUGAAAAGCAAGCCAAAACACGGACGAUAGCUCUGGUUUUAUUUGAAGAUAUGAACGGUUGUGUGCCACGAAAGACAAAACCAGCUGUGUGUAUACUAAAUAAUAAAAGAAAAUUAAAUUAUUUCAGGGUAAUCUCUGGGUAAAAAUAACACAUAUGAAACAUUUAAAGAAUGAUAAACGCAGAUCUCACCUGAAAGUAGCAAUAUCUGCAAAAAUAACGUGUUCCCAAGAAUUCCCAGAAUUUUCAGUAGUCAACUGCAUGCGCUUUUCUACCUCCCAGCUAGUUAGGAAUGAGGAAAUCUCGUCAGAAUGAAAAUCGCUGAACAAAUGCGGGAGAUUUAUAGUUAUUUCCAAAAUUAUGUCUAUGUUUAAGGAUGGGUGCGGAAAAUUUUUUCUUCCAAGACGCUGCAGGAUCAAGUAUCCCUUUUUUAUAUAUAUCUGACCAUAACCGCGGUCAACAGGGGGAAGGUUAAGAUACAGACUUUUUGGAGAAAAACUAGCGAAGGCCCGUCUUAUUUCCUAUGAUUCCUAAAACAAA